AUCCAGGCAAGAGGACACAAAAGCAUGAAUAAUGAUUUCCAGCUCAGCUGUGGACUCAAAAAUUCUGAGAUUGGCGAUAUUUCUUAAGUGAUAAAAAGAACGAACCAAACUAUAUACAUGCUGGUGCAGGCUAAGGGCCUGGCCCAUUUGGACUCCUAAAUUACGCAGGGCAGGUUUAACAGCAGGACAAAAACCCAAGGCUUCUCUUCACCUCUGGAACAACACGGUCAGGAGCUGAGAUAAGAACUUCAGUCUUAUCUGAAUUCACCUGAAGGUUUUCUGAUGUCAGUAAAGCACCUUUAAAGAGGGGGGAUCUCAGUCCUGGAGACCUUCAAACCCCUCCACACGUCCAGUGAGCCUCUGUUGACUUCCCCACUGAGAAGGACUCCUCCUGUUCGUGUUUCAGCACCAUGGUCAGCGCUCGUGCUCUCCUCCUCGCGGCCUCCUGCUGCUGCGCCUUCCUGUGGCUCGCUCGUGCAGAGGACUCCUCUCUGGAGACACGAUCGUUGGAUUUCUCUCUGAAGACUCAGCAGGAGAAAGAACUGAUUGACGCAUUGCAAGAAGUUUUGGAGAAGUUGAGAAGCAAAGAGAUGCCAUCUGAGAAAAAGCUUGGCUGGUUGCCUUCGUGUGACGCUGGAGAGCCGUGCGCAGUGCGUAAAGGCGCGCGUAUUGGCACGCUGUGCAGCUGUCCCCGGGGGACUUCCUGCAACUUCUAUGUUCUCAAAUGCUUGUGAAGAAAGAGGAAAACAGAAAUACAGGAAAACGGAGGAGAGUAUUCAGGGUAUUGGAGUGACUGUUGUUAGUUGUUAGACUGUUAAAAUAAAAACGCCAUGUAAAGUGUGAUUUUCUUUUAUAAACCUGGGCUGGAAAAUGUUAAAAUGUAGGUUAUGUGUAGACUUUAUGAUCUGAGUUAUCCAUCUUGACUUUGUUUUUUUUCUUCAUAAUGUAACUGUUUAUGGCACAAAGUUAUGAGUGAGAAUCCCUGAAUGUAAUCUUGUCUGAACUUUGUUGUUUUCUUACCGUUUGCUGUUUGUGAACUUUUGCUCGUGAAAAAUCAUAAAUCUAUGGUUUCUUAACGGGUCUUAACAUCAGAUUUUUUUUCAUCAAUAAAUUCACUCAACUUUA